CUUCCACACUCCCAACGUCUUUUCUGAGUUUUGUUGGAAAUCUUGGCCGCUUUUUCUUCGUUUUUCUCUUUAUUUUGUUAUAUUGAAUGCAAAAUAAUCUUAUAAUACGAUGAAUGUUAUUGAAGGAUUAAGAAAUACUUCCAAAGGGAAACUCAAGUACGAUCUAAACUGGAAAGGCACCCGAGAAGAAUUGGACGAGUGUUCACCCAAGUCUCCAAUCAUUUCUUGUCAACUUGAUCUGAUUAACAGUAUGAAAAAUCUCGCUCUAGAGGACAACGACGCCAAAUCUGAUGCACCCCUUAAAAAUGAGAGRAUUACAAUGUCAUUUAACGAGGACWGUGCUUUAGAUAGCACAAGUGUAGGUCCGGAGUGUUUCGAUUCGACUCACGUAUACMUUCAUCGAUAUGAACAAUUGAUGGAAGAAGAGGCAAAAGAGAGACUYGAAGAAAGAAAGCGACUMUUUGAAAAGCAUUCAGAGCAACURMAAGAUGAUAAAGCACGGAAACUUCAACAGCAUUUUGAAGAGAGACGAAAUAGGUUUUUAGAAUUAGUUCAAGUUUUGAAGCAAGAUUUGAGGAACUAUGAAAUAGAGACAGCAAAWAGUCAAAAAKCAUUGAAAGUCCAGCAUGAAAGGUCUGCAGCUAGAGUAGCAACAAAAGUUCAAAUGCUUGAAUUAAAGAARAAGCAAGCUGAAGAACAAGAGAAAAAUAGGAAAGAUCUUUCAUGUCUUCAAAAGUGUCACAAUGAAACUAUGAAUGUUUACAGGGAGCUGGAAGCUGCCAUUAAAAGUUGCAGUGUGAAAGACCAUCUAGGAGCCAAGAUAGCAACAAUCCUYGAAGAAGCAAAAAAAGUUUUAAAUCUAUCUUUGAAUACCUUAAAUGAUUGCAUGUCAGCUGGGAGRGCKUUAGACRGUACUCUUGAACAMUUACCYCAGUACUGUAGUAUGAUGGGAACUCUACUCAGUAAUGCAAAGCAAACUAUUGYUGAAGCAGAACAAAAAGMAAAGAAAGAAAKUGCUGAAAAAGAGGCUAAAAAGAGAGAAGAAGAAGAAAGGAAAAAGCAAGAAGAAAAAAAGAAAAAGGAAGAACAAGCUGCCAAGACCACAGAAAGUCUGUCUACGACCAUCUCACGCAGCUCAAUAUCRGAGUACGGCAGGCUUGAAAAGCUAUUGGAGGAAGUCAACAAAUCUAUUGAACCUCUUACAUCAACUACUGAUAAAACAAUUAAAAAACUUAAAAUGGCUUUACAAAGAGCAGUCACAACUCCAAUCAAUACAAUAUCAGACCAGUCCCCUGCACAUCUACUUGACAAGAUUAGUAAUCUUGCAAAACUUCUCAGUGGCCAGCAAAUAGAGUCGUUUGGAAAUAMACUGUCAACAUCUAUACACCCUAGUGCAUCGUUAUACUGUAAGAAUUUACUGGCACUUAAGAUAGUAAAACAAGGCUCCCAACAAGUAUCGUCCAAUCACAAUGCAGCAUUUCCACUAGCAUCUUUAGCCAUUGGGAUAUGGUCAGUCUUUCCUGAUGUUGGUGAUCUAAUCUUGGCUCAUUUCUAUAAUCAAUGUCCUUUCYUGGUUCCYAUGUACAUACCACAGUCAGAAGGCAUGUCUGAUCAAGAAUAUUUCAAAAAACUAGGCUAYUUAUGUGAAGAUGGUGAGAUAGAGCCAAGAGAUAAGUACCUGAAGCGUAUUUCUGGUACAAUAAGGCUSUAUGCUGCAAUAGUCUCCUCUCUUCCACCAAAGGGGUCAACAAGAAWCCACCCUCAUGGCRUCUCACACGGUUGGGUGUGGCURGCCAGRAUACUAAACCUUCCACCUAAAGCAGACUACACUGCAACUUCAUUGUUUGAAUUCCUUGAAGUUGCUGGACAUGCCCUUCAGAAGCAGUACCGUGGUCAAUUCUGGAAGCUCAUAUUUGCAGUUGUGAGAGAACUUGUCCCCAGGAUCAAGCAGAUAACUUCACCUUCUCAGAGCGGUCCUGUCGUGAGGCUUGAGAGUUUCUUAGAGAAUGCUUUCCAGUCACGCAACAUGCAGCAACCUUCAGGAUAUCUUAAUGCACACUGGUGGAAYACUUCAGGCUUCUCUGGCAUUUAUGGCAGUUAAAUUGUAGAGAAAUGAUAUCUGUGAUAAGCCUUUUCAUGGUGCAAAACAUAAAAGCUCUGAGCUUUGAUUUAAAUUAAUAAACAAUAUUGCUGUGUGUUUAGAAAGCUAAUAUGACCUAACAGGACAGAAAAGAUUCAAUAGCAAAGAACAUAAAGAACAAUGAACUGAAAUAAUUAUUAAUCUUGAUUCAUAUACCUAUAUUGAGC